AUGGAAGCUGCAAAGAACGCCUUCAACCACGUUAUGGGGUAUGACAAGGAGGAGUCAUCAGGAGACAACAACAAUCACCACACUCACCAUCAUCUCCCCGGUCAUCACAAGAACGAGGCGUCCACUGACAACGACUCGGGUUCAGCCGCAACCGAGACACCUUCCAAGCCCGUCUCGGCAGGGAACAGCGGCAGCAACGACCACCAAGGCAACCCCGAGGACCAAGACCAAGACCAAUCCUCCGACAAAGGUCCUGAUCCGGCCCUCGUCGGCGAACCCAACCCCACAGAAAAGCUGUCUGGCAAUGCCGCCCCGGGUAGCCACAGCGCCGUGUUCGGCCUGACCCCGGACGGCAAGAAGUCCACGGAUACGUCUCACGGCACCUCGGCCCCAAAGCCUGCACAUGGCAGCGAUGACAGCGCCCAGGGAGGCGGCAAGAAAGAAGAAGGCGGUGACACCAGCUCUCGUAACACGGCUAGUGGAGAGGUGGGUGAGCAGAUGCAGAAGGCCGAGGCGGAUCAAGGUGAAAAGGGUUUGCAGAGGACGGACCCCGCCCCACAACCUGCUGGCAGUGACGGUAAGCCAGGGGCAGGUGCUACGGGCUUGCAGCAGGGCAGCGGAAAGGUUUGA